CACUGACUGACACAGACGGAACCUUUCUCCCUGGUUCUAGUUUCCCUUCCUGGGGGUGGAUUUGAUUAACGGACUUAACCCAGGCUUUACAUUCCAUUGACAAUGGCAGCUGCUUCUUCCCAUUGCACACUCCAUGAGAUGGUGUUAAAGGCUGCUGCACAACAUGAAGACAGACAUGCAGUGUGCUUUCACCCCAUCAAACAACAGCCUUUAUUCCUCACCUAUAGAGAGCUGACGACAGUGUCUGGAGAGCUAACAGCAUUCCUGAAGUUGCACUGCUUAGAUACUGAAACAUGCAGAAUCGGUCUUUACUGCCAUCCAGGAAUACACUUACCAUGCUGGAUUAUGGGUAUUCUUUGUGUUCCUGCUGCAUACUGCCCGAUAGAUCCAGGCUCUCCAUCUCAUUUCACUUCUUCACUUAUGGAACGGUGUAAACUGAACUUCAUCCUGGUAGAAAACAACAAAGUGAAGGCUUUCAAGAUGCACUUCACAGACUGGACUGAACAGGAUUCUAAUCCAGUGCAGCACUUGGGUGUAACACUUUUUAAGGUUCUAAACUAUGAGGAAUCAUGCUUAGGAAAGAGAAAUGGAAUUUGUGGGAAGCAAGCAACCAGUGCUGUGGAAAAUAAACAAGGUGACAUCUGCAAAGACAGCAUUGACAUUCGAGAAGAAUGUUUAGCUUAUAUACUGCAUACUUCUGGGACAACAGGGGCACCCAAAAUUGUAAGCGUUCCUCAUAAAUGCAUAGUCCCGAAUAUUGAACAUCUCCGAUCAAUCUUUAACAUCUUGCCAUCUGAUCUCCUAUUUCUGGCCUCAUCCCUGACAUUUGACCCAUCAGUUGUUGAGCUGUUCCUUGCCCUAUCCAGCGGGGCAUGCAUUCUUGUAGUGCCUGAUGCCAUUAGAAUGAUUUCCACUAAGCUAUGUGAUGUUCUCUUCAAUCAGCAUAGGGUAACAGUGCUUCAGCUAACACCAACUUUGUUGAGGAGGUUCGGAUCUCAUUCCAUUCGGUCGUCUGUGCUGUCCAGAGAUACAUCUCUUAGAAUUCUGGCUUUAGGUGGAGAACCAUUUCCAGCAGUACCUGUCCUAAGAAGCUGGAGAGAACACGGAAACAAGACUAGAAUAUUUAAUCUGUAUGGCAUAACUGAAGUGUCCAGCUGGGCAACUUACUUUGAGAUUCCAGAGACAAUUCUUCUAAACACGCAGAUUGGGAAUGAACCGUUGGUGCCCCUAGGAUCCUCAUUGCAUGGCACAAUAAUUGAAGUUCGGAAUGACGAAGACUGUGCAAUUGAAAAAGGAGAAGGGCAAGUAUUCCUAGGUGGGCAAGAACGGGUCUGCUUUCUAGAUGAAGAAGUGGUUUUGCCAUAUGGAACCUUGAGAAACACUGGAGACUGGGUGACCAUAAAGGAUGGGGAAAUGUUUCUGUUGGGACGGAAAGAUAAUCAAAUCAAACGUCAUGGGAAACGGCUAAAUAUGGAAUAUGUACAGCAGGUAGUAGAAAACCUUGCCCAGGUGGAAACCUGUGCAGUAUUGUGGUUUGAAGCCAGACAGUUAAUCCUCUUUGUCGUACCCAGAGAGCCCGUAGAAAAGAAAUCCUUAUGGAAGGAGCUGCGGACAUGUUUGCUGAGCUAUGCUGUGCCAGAUGACUUGGUUCUGAUAGAGUCCUUGCCUUUUACAAAGCAUGGUAAAGUAGAUAUGUCCCAGCUAAAUCGGCUAUACACUGAUUAUGUAAAGGAGAGGAGGACGGCUACCUUGCUGCAACGUGAGGAUUUAUGGGAUGCUUUGGAGAGCAUAUGGAAGUCUCUGCUAAACCUUCCAGACGGUUCUUCUGCAGUUGCAAAUGAUUCCAUGUUUCUGCUCAGUGGUGGGAACUCUUUAAUGGCCCUCAGAUUCCAGGGAGAGGUUGAAACCUUGGUUGGGAAAUCUGUUCCAGGACUUGUGGAAGUCCUCUUGAAUGGCACCUUCAUGGAUAUUCACAGGCAGAUUUAUAAAUGUAUUUACCCGAUGGUUGAGAAGGCAAGCAUUGUACCACAUAUCGAGAUAAACACCAUUAGGACACUUGAAAAGGGAAACCAUGCACAUAAAAGAAACGAGACAACCUUAACAGAUCCUGAAAAACACAUCGAUUCAUUUAUAUCACUGAGUAGAGGAAAUCGGAUAUUUAUAAAUGUGCAUCUUGCUUCUGACUCUCAUGCCCAGAAAUGUCAAUGGACAAAUGGAUCUUCUAUAGAAGUAGCAGAAUUUUUGAAGACCGAUGAUUUUAGAUCUGAAUGUAAAAGACAAAAAACUAACCAGUCAUCUUCAAGCUCAUUUUUGUCACAGGAUUCUGUGCUGAGUAGUGUAUUGAAAAGUCAAUUUUUUAUACGAGUAAAAUGGAAAUCUGAUACAGGCAAGUGUGUCGAUGCAACUCCCCUUCUAAUACAAUCAGCCAGCACAAGACCUUCGGUGACUGUGUACAUUGGGUCACAUUCUCACAGGGUGCAAGCCCUUCAUCUAAAGUCUGGGGAAGUGAUUUGGGAAAGAGUCCUUGGAGAUCGAGUUGAGUCUUCUGCUGCUGUGUCAAGGUGUGGAAGCUUUGUUCUGAUAGGGUGCUAUAAUGGGUCACUCUAUGUGUUGAAUAGACAUGAUGGAAAAGAACAUUGGAUUUUCUCUACUAAAGAUGCUAUCAAAAGUUCACCUACUAUCGAUCCCUUGACUGGCCUGGUAUUUUUUGGGUCCCAUGAUCAUCACUUGUAUGCCUUAGAUAUUAAUGUAAAGCAGUGUAUCUGGAAAUCCUUCUGUGGCGGAGGAGCUGUGUUCUCAUCUCCCUGCAUAAGUUCAGAACCAUACAUCUUGUAUACAGCUACUCUCGGAGGCUUCAUUUCAGCUUCUAACCCGUCUACUGGAGAUACAUUAUGGAGGCAUGCGUGUGGCAAACCUGUGUUUGCUUCACCUCAGUGCAACACGAAACAUGUGCUUGUUGGAUGUGUGGAUGAAAACUUCUAUUGUUUUAGUCAUUCAGGAGAGAAGGUUUGGCAUAUUACCACCAGCGGGCCAAUCUUUUCCUCUCCGUGUAUUUCAAGUAUUUCCCAGAAAGUCAUUUUUGGCUCACAUGACGGCUCCAUCUAUUGCUGUGACAUGGAGGGCGUUUUACUUUGGAAAUACAAAACCAGCUCACGGGUAUAUUCCACUCCAUUUGUGUUUCCACACCCACACACGCAGAACAUGGAAUUUGUGGCAGCUGCUUCUACAGAUGGGAAUGUGUGGGUUUUCAAUGCUGACAGCGGGCUCUUGGACACUGUGUAUAAACUUGAUGGAGAAGUAUUUUCUUCACCCGUUGUUUGGGGAAAUUACCUGGUUAUUGGCUGCAGAAAUGAUUAUGUCUAUUGUUUAGAUCUAAUGAGCAGCAGAUCAUCCAUAUGAAGAUUUAGAGGAGGACUAAUUUUGACUACCGUGUAGUUAUAUAAGAUGCUGGUGGGAAUAUAUAGCAGCUACGUCUGUAAUGCGAUAUGCAUCCGGUUAGGACCAAAUAUUGACCAUAUAUGGGUAGGGGGGGUGUUUUGGACAAUUAGCCCACCUGUACUUAAUAGAGCUUAUUAUGUGGGGUAUAUAUGUUUGCACUAGCAGUUUCUGUUUAGAUUGCAUCUGAGGAAGACCUAUUUUGGUUGAAACGCAUUGUGUUGUUCAUAUUUGAUUGUUUUAUCCAACUUUUAUGAGAAUAAAGAUUAUUCUAUGUUAUUUUGGUUCCUGAUUCUU